AUCAGCUGCGCUUGCAAAGUCUAAACAAAGUUUUGGUUCAAUUUUAUUUUUUACUACAAUUUACGUUCAAUACCUUUCGGUUCAACAUAAAAACUGCAAAAGUUAGUCAGCCGAACAGUUCAAUUUUCUAUCAGCUUCUCACAUGUUGAUCAUCUGAUCUGCAUGAAUUGUUUUAAUUAUUUGGUCGAUUGCGUUAUUGGAGUUCAAAGAUAACUUGUUGUCCUGUCAACUUGAUUUGUUCAGCAAAAUGCCUUAUUCGAUUGUUACUCUAACCCAACACGCGGCUAAUAAGCUCACAAAACCAGUGGAGUUAUCAUACCGCGAACUCAAAGACGAGUUCCAAGGCACAGGGCAGCUGUUCGAAGACCCAGCAUUUGACGCUUCCUAUUACUCGUGCUUCGGCUCCAGUCCAAACGAAGACUACAAUCUAGAGUGGUUGAGACCGCCUGAAUUGCUAGAGAGAUACCACAGCAGACAUGGCAGUGAUGCCAGAAUGUUCGUGGACGGGGCCAGUAAGUUCGAUCUGGUCCAGGGGGAGUUGGGAGACUGUUGGCUGGUGGCGGCUGUCGCGUGUCUCACCACAAGAGCAGGCAUGCUAGACCAAGUGAUCCCGUUCUUUGCCGAGUUCUGCUCCGAAGACUACUUCGGCUGUUUCGCCUUCUCUCUCUGUGUAGACGGACAGUGGAAAGAAGUGGUAGUGGAUGACAGACUGCCCUCUAGAAAUGGACACCUGCUGUACACUUCUUCCAGCGAGAAGACAGAGUUCUGGAGCGCAAUUCUGGAAAAAGCGGUGGCUAAGAUAUUUGGAAGCUACAACAGCCUCACAGCUGGAUCAAUUGAGGAAGGACUCUCUAUGCUCUCCGGAGGCAUCACCGAGAAACUGGGCCUAGAUCCAAAUAGCAGUCCAGAGGAGAUAGACUUCAAGGCCAAGAAGAUGCGCAAUUGUCUGGCCAGAGGGUCUCUAUUAGGAUGCUCUAUUCCCACCAGUGAAGACGAGGGCUUUGAGGUAGCCUGUGACAAUGGACUUUUGAAAGGCCAUGCAUACAGUGUCACUGGGCUACACGAGGUGGUAAUCGAGAGAAGCGAAGAUGAUAGCGAAAAUGGAGUGACCAAGAGAUUGAUUCGGAUCCGGAACCCGUGGGGUGAGAAGGAGUGGACUGGGAGGUGGAGUGAUGACAGCACCGAGUGGGACAAACUCAACCCACGAGUGAGGGAUAAACUACAUGUAACCAACGAUGACGGUGAGUUCUACAUGGAGUUUGCUGACUUCGGCCGCACCUUCACGUACGUGUCGAUGUGUCACUUCCAGUUCCAGGAGGGGGACGAUGCCAAUGUGAAUGAGAGCAACUGGAACAUACAGAGGCUGGAUGGACACUGGAAUUUGGCGACGGCAGGGGGCAUCAAAGGGAAGAGCUUCGAGCAUAAUCAACAGUAUCUUAUCAAAGUCCCAGAAAUGGUGGACGAUGACGAGUGCUCCGUGGUGUUUUCUUUAUUACAGAUGAACACUAGACAGGAGGAAGACAGAAAACACUGCAUAGGUCUAGUCCUAUUCGAGGUAACUGGAAUCAACCAUCCUAGAAACACCCCUUUGGGAAAAGAAUUCUUCAACGAUGCCGAGACCUUCCAGCGACCUGAGUUCAACAAGCGACGUGAAAUUUUAAUGCGAGUGCAGCUCAAACCGGGACUGUACUGCCUCAUUCCCUCGACUCUAGAGCCCAAACAGUACGGGUCUUUUGUACUUAGAGCGUUCACAGAGCAUCCGAUUGAGAUAGAGACUCUGGAUUACAGACCAAGGAAGACGCUUAGGAUUGACAAGAUUAAUAUAAGUGACUUUGCGACUGAGCAGGAGAUCACGAUUAUGAACGAGUGUCUGGGCAGAUUCAGUCACGUGGCCAACGAGUCCAACAAACUUUAUGCUCAGAACAUGGCUGAUGUCUUGGAAGUGCUGGUGUCCGAGAAGUUCCUAAGACAUGAAGAGUGUAUUACUCUGGAGAGCUGCAGGAGUUACAUAUCACUGGUGUCAGAUAAUAACGGACCCCCUGAGUUGACCACGGAGGACUCUGCCUCAUUCCUCAAACUCAUUCUCUUCAUCAGGAAAGCGUUCUUGGCGUGGGUCAAAGCACGCAGUGACAACCCAGGAAAACCACCCUACUCUUUGGAUGCCCUCUAUCUUCAACAAUUCUUGGCCGGGGUAGAGAUUUUCUUGCCAAAAACACUGGUUGGCAAAAUGGCCAGUCGAUUCAUGAACCCUCAUUUCCAUGCUUCAUCUGGGUCAAAAUCGAAGAAGGGUGAAAUAGAUUUCAACGGGCUGCUAAAUAUUGUAUUAAGACUCAUUAGCGCCUUAAACGCAACGAAAGAAGUGAAAGGGAAGUCACCGAGUGAUACUAGGGAAAAACUGUCUCAAGUUAUCGGAUACAUGCUUUCUGUAUGAAACUGCGAAUCAUGAAUAUUAUAAUCAAGAAGCGCGAAACAAUUUUGAUAACUUCACAGAAUGAUUUCAAUUGAAAAUGUAAAUUAUACACUUUAUUCGUACUUGCAUUAAAUGCAGUUUUUAGUAUUCUAAGCUUACCAGUUUGGAGGUAAGCUCAGUAUGGUUUUAUUAAUUAAG